AUGGCACAUGCUAAAUUUGAUUCAUGGUUUGCUUCACUUCUCAUUCUUUUCUGUUUCAGUAUCAAAGGCGCUUAUUCCAUAACCUGCUACGUAUGCGACAACUGCCUGACUGUGAACCAGAAUAGCACAACUAAGGAUAAUUGUGGCGCAUGUCUUAAAAGUGGAAUCCCAGAAAUGUACAUAAAACGGGAAUGCAUUGAUUCUUGUAACGACAUUGGUACUAAAGUCAGAAUCAACGAUCUUCUCAGCUGCUGUACCAUUAGUUUUUGUAAUGAUGCUAGGAAAAUAAAGCCAUUUUUAACUAUGACAGCCUUGAUUUAUGGAACUUGGCUCGUGCUAACUAGGCCCUAA